UUGCCAUCUGGAGGCUUCCAGAAGGCAAAACCCCCAAAUCCUCCCCGGCUCUCCGCUGGACGAUCAAGCGAACUCCCGAAAAUCCCACACAAAAGAAGCGAAAAUUAAAACGACAUGAACCCCCUCAAGAACUCGCGCUCCGCCCUCUCCCGUCUCCUCCGCCACAACCCCGCCGCCGGCCGGCCGCAGCCCCCGGCCCCUCCCCCGCCGGUGCCGCGGGAAACGGCCGCUCGGCACUACCACGCCGCCCCGCGCCGCCCAGGGUUCAUUCAGUCCUUCAGCCGAGGGCUCCUCCGCCACGAGCCCGGCGCCCUCUUCCGGCCGCCGCCGGCGCGGGCGCAGGCGCCGCCUCCCCGGCACUACUUCACCUCCUCGCGCCGCCCGGAGAUCAUCCACUUCGCGCGCCGCCGCGGCGGGGCGCGGUGGUACCACGACAGGCGGAAGGUCGCCGCGGUGGUCCUCCUCGCCGGCGGCGGGACAAUCGUCGUCUACUUCGGCAACCUCGAGACCGUGCCCUACACCAACCGCACCCACUUCGUCCUCGUCUCGCCCCAGCUCGAGCGCCAGCUCGGCGAGUCCCAGUUCGCUGAUCUCAAGAAGGAGCUCGCCCCCAAGAUCCUGCCCCCGCUCCACCCCGACAGCGUCCGCGUCCGCCUCAUCGCCUCCGAGAUCGUCCGCGCGCUCCACCGCGGCCUCGCCGACCGCCGCAGCGACGACUUCGAUGACGCCUCCUACGGCGACAUCUCCACCGACAUCGCCGUCAAGGCCCGGGACAUGGAUGCCGAGGACGUGAUGCAUCGGGUCUCGCCUGGCAAGACCGCGGGCACGGCCGCUAGGGCUCAGCGAGACGACGAGCUUCUCGAUGACAGGUGGGUCGCCGAGAGCCGGAGACGGGGGAAGGCACGCGGAGCGCAGCCACAGACGAAGCACCUCAAUGAGCUCAAUUGGGAGGUCAUCGUCGUCAGAGAUAAGCUCAUCAAUGCAAUGUGCUUGCCUGGUGGUAAAAUUGUAGUCUUCACUGGAUUGCUCGACCAUUUCAAGACAGAUGCUGAGAUUGCGACAGUGCUUUCGCAUGAGAUUGGGCACGCUAUCGCGAGGCACUUGCCAGAGAUGAUCACCAAGGGCAUGUGGUUUACUAUCCUGCAGCUUAUCGUCCUACAGUUUAUUUACAUGCCAGACCUAAUUAAUGCAAUGUCGACAUUACUCCUCAGAUUGCCCUUCUCACGAAGGAUGGAGGUAGAGGCGGAUCACAUCGGGCUCAUGCUUCAAGCUUCUGCUGGUUUCGACCCACGCACAGCUCCCAAGGUCUACGAGAAGCUAGGACAAAUCGCGGGCAAUCAGUCAGUGCUGAAAAGCUACCUCUCCACCCAUCCUUCGAGUAAGAAGCGAUCGGAGCUCUUGUCUCGAGCCAAGGUAAUGGAGGAGGCGAUGCAACUAUACAGGGAAGCUUGCGCCGGCCACGGGACCGAAGGCUUCCUGUAGGUUGCAGCUUUGAACUCUCCUGCCUGUGGCUGUGUGGUAAGUCGCUCGGUGGCGGUGCCUGGCACGGAAACAUGUCCUUUGUUACCUGCACGGUGACGGCCAGUAAGAAGAGUGCAUUCUGUGUCUGAAGAUGUUCGUUCUGUGCGUUGUUACUGUCUGUUCUUGUCAGGCUGAAUCAGCCGCACUUUGGUAGCAGGAUGUGAUCGAGCUGCUUCAUUUGUGAUUAGGAGAGAACAGGGAAUAGGAGAAGAGUUUCUGUUAAUAAUUGUCUUCCAAGAGCAGCUUUUAUAGUCCCAUCUUCCUUGGGUUUA